GAGCCGGGUCGCCAGCGCUCGGGUCCGCCUCUGACUGCGGCGCGGCGGGGCGAUGUGUGAUUACCAUGGCGAGGAGUCUCUGUCCGGGGGCCUGGCUAAGGAAACCCUGUUACCUCCAGGCUCGCUUCUCAUAUGUGCGAAUGAAAUAUCUUUUCUUUUCCUGGUUGGUGGUUUUUGUUGGAAGCUGGAUUAUAUAUGUGCAAUACUCUACCUAUACAGAACUAUGCAGAGGAAAGGACUGUAAGAAAAUAAUAUGUGACAAGUACAAGACUGGAGUUAUUGAUGGGCCCGCAUGUAAUAGCCUUUGUGUUACAGAAACUCUUUACUUUGGAAAAUGCUUAUCGACCAAGCCCAACAAUCAGAUGUAUUUAGGGAUUUGGGAUAAUCUACCAGGUGUUGUGAAAUGUCAAAUGGAACAAGCACUUCAUCUUGAUUUUGGAACUGAAUUGGAACCAAGAAAAGAAAUAGUGCUAUUUGAUAAGCCAACUAGGGGAACUACUGUACAGAAAUUCAAAGAAAUGGUCUACAGUCUCUUUAAAGCAAAGUUGGGUGACCAAGGCAACCUCUCUGAACUGGUUAAUCUCAUCUUGACAGUGGCUGAUGGAGACAAAGAUGGCCAGGUUUCCUUGGGAGAAGCAAAGUCAGCAUGGGCACUUCUUCAAUUAAAUGAAUUUCUUCUCAUGGUAAUACUUCAAGAUAAAGAACAUACCCCCAAAUUAAUGGGAUUCUGUGGUGAUCUCUAUGUGAUGGAAAGUGUUGAAUAUACCUCUCUUUAUGGAAUAAGCCUUCCGUGGGUCAUUGAACUUUUUAUUCCAUCUGGGUUCAGAAGAAGCAUGGAUCAGUUGUUCACACCAUCAUGGCCUAGAAAGGCUAAAAUAGCCAUAGGACUUCUAGAAUUUGUGGAAGAUGUUUUCCAUGGCCCCUAUGGAAACUUCCUCAUGUGCGAUACUAGUGCCAAAAACCUAGGAUAUAAUGAUAAGUAUGAUCUGAAAAUGGUGGACAUGAGAAAAAUUGUGCCAGAGACAAACCUGAAAGAACUUAUAAAGGAUCGUCACUGUGAGUCUGAUUUGGACUGUGUCUAUGGCACGGAUUGUCGAACUAGCUGUGAUCAGAGUACAAUGAAGUGUACCUCAGAAGUGAUACAACCAAACUUGGCAAAAGCCUGUCAGUUACUCAAAGACUACCUGUUGCGUGGUGCUCCAGUUGAAAUUCGGGAAGAAUUAGAAAAGCAGCUGUAUUCCUGUAUUGCUCUCAAAGUCACAGCAAAUCAAAUGGAAAUGGAACAUUCUUUGAUACUAAAUAACCUAAAAACAUUACUGUGGAAGAAAAUUUCCUACACAAAUGACUCUUAGUUCAUUUGGACAUUGUGACCAUUUUAAGAAAUUCAGCACUUCAAAAGAAAAAUUUUGAACAUUUUUUCUAAAUGGCUUGAUUCAAAUCCUUGCCAGUUAUCACAAAACUCCUUUCCCCUGAUCCUAAGGAAGCCAUCAUCUUAAAAUACAUGUUGACUGCUGAAGUAAUGGCAGGAGGUAUAGGAUCAAAAGGUCCAAAAAUAUUCAUUCCUGCCUUUUAGAAACGCUGGUACAUUUCCUAGUACAUUCACUGUGUAACUAUUUUGACUAAUGACUUAAAAUAAUGCUGUGAAAAGCCUCAUUCCAUAAACAUCAACGGUCAGAGUAUUUUGUAGAUUUGUUAGCCAAAAUAUCAGUGCUGGAAAUUGUUUGCAUUGAAGCUGCUGUUUAAAAAAGAAAAUUUAUAAAUUUACUAAUGUCUCAGCAUGGUAAAGUUUGCACAUUAACAGAAAUUAAGACUGCAAAGCAGGUAAAUUAAAAUUACUCCUUUAUCAA